CUCUGUGCCCCUUAAAUCCUCCCACCCAAGACGAAAAAACAAGCACUGAACACAAAUGCUUGAUCGUGGUAAGGAACACUUCAACCAGUAGCUUUUGUCUGUUCUGAAAGUCAUUGAAUGGGGAGGGGGAGAGAUGUGGUGAUAAGAAAGCUAAUGGUCUCCCCCCCUUUCGACUUCAUGGGUGACAACUGGUGGGUUGGUUUCUUGGGAAGGGUUUAAAUGCCAGGGGUCUGUAGCCAUCCAGCAGAAGAAGAAGAAAGGAAGAGACUGAGUAAGCCAAGAUUGCUCCAAGCUCCACUCUCAGAUAACAUCUUUUUCAGGGGAUCUUUCACAAUGAAGACUGCUGUGAUCUGCUGGUGCCUUUUCAGCAUUGCCUUGGCUUUGCCAAUUCACCAUGAAAAAGAUGGCCGUGUCGAGAGGGACCAGGAAAUAAAGAAGAGCGCUGAGGUUAAUUCUGAUCACCACGGCAAAGAAGCUGAGGCAGCCAAAGAAAAAACUGAACAGGAACAUUGGUUUCUAGAAGGAAGCGAUAAAACUAAGGAAGGAAAGGACCAUUCAUCUCCAGCAGAUAGCGAUAAAACCAAGGAAGAAAAGGAGCAUUCUUCUAAAGCUGAAGGCGACAAACCCAAGGAAGAAAAGGAUUCUAAAGAUAAGCCUACUUCCAAGAGCACUCGGGCGCUGAAAACACCGGAUGCUGAAAAUCAACCUGCUUUCAAGGAUCUGGAAAAAGUUGGUCUGAAGUCAUUUGCUUUGGACGUGAGAGAAGAUGACCAGGAGGCUGAGGAUGCUGAAAACCAUCCUGCUGUCAGACAACUGCAAGCUCUAUUAGAAGAUUUUCAGGAUGCUGCAAACCGUCCUGCUGUCAAACAACUGCAAGCUCCAGCAGAAGAUAAUCAGAACUCACCUGCUUCGGACUUGACAGAGGUUGACCAAGAGAAUUCACCUGCUUCGGACACCAGAGAGGAUGACCAAGAGGAUGCUGAAAACCAUCCUGCUGUCAAACAACUGCAAGCUCCAGCAGAAGAUUAUCAGAGUGCUCCUUCUUCAGAUGAAGCUAUAGAGAAGAUUGAACCACAAGUAUCCUUUUUAACAGAAGAAAACAAUAACGUUGCUGAGCAACAGGUCUUUGAUGAAAGUGAACCGUCAGCCGAUGUCCUCGGGGAUUUCCAGGACAGUGAGGAAGCUGAAGCUUGAAGUGUAGAAGUCUAAUAUGAAACCUGUGCCUCUAAAAUAACUACUAUCAUCAGAGGUCUUUGAAACUGCCUAGCAUUGACAAUGAAAUUUCUGCUUUCAAAGCAAGGAAGAUAAACAUUAAAAUGUGGACAGAAAUCAGUAAUAUUCUUUUUCUCAGCUAGGCAGAUGGGAAACUUGUUUUCACGUCAACAUUUAUUUUCAAGAAUGAGUUUGAUUUCAGUUAGUAAAGAUCCAAAUACAACAAGCUUUGCUAUAUAAACAAAUUGAAGCCUUUUAGUUCUCAUUUCCACUAAAGCAAUGCAAGCC